CCAAAACCCUUCCGGUUCCGGGCGUCGCCGCGGUCCCUCAGUUCCGGCGCCAUUUUCGCCGGCAGUUUGUUUUAUUUCCCUUCUCCUGUUUCUUUUCUAUUCUGUCGGAGUCGGACUUGUGUCCAUCUUGCUUUUGCUUCUCCCUCCCCCAUGAUCCAAUCCCUAACCCGCAGUCUACUUGAUCGUGGCUAGAAUGAUCGCGAUCGAGUUUCUUCGGAGCUUCUUCGGUGCCACUGCCACGGCCCCGAUCCAAUCCCUAACCCGCAGGCCCCGAUCCAAUCCCUAACCCGCAGCUGGCUAUUUGCUUUUGCUUUCGUAGGGCGUACGUGAUGGCUGACACGAGGGCGAGGCCGUGGGAGGCGGACGAGAGCUCGCGGUCGCGGGACUCCAAAGUUCCGCGGCUGGACUUGCUGGCCGCAUCGGCGGCGGAGGAGGAGGAGAAAGUGAAGCAUCUGCUAGGCCAGGAGGAAUGUACCGAGAUGACCGGCCACGAUCCAUGCUGCGAUCACGUCCCCACGGACAGUUAUCACAAUGAUAUUCUGAUCUCGUCGUUGCUAUCCGACGACGCGGGGAAUUGCCAGGACUGCCGGGGCCGGCGGCGCGAGGAGGCCGAUGGGCCCGGCGGCCGGCCCAUGUAUCGCCGGAUCAUGGUGUGCCUGGAAUGCGGCCGGCAUUCCUGCGGGGAUUCGACGAGCUAUAUCCCGUACGGACACGCUCAGGACCACGCCAACCAGGAAAAGCAUUGGGUUGCCGCGAUGUUCGACGAUCCACAGGCUGGAUUCUGCUUCAAGUGCGAACACGAAGUGCCUGUGUAUCCAGAGCCAGACGAGAUGGAGAUGAUAACGGGCGAGAUUCAGGCCGGCGGCGGCGGCGGCGGCGGUGGUCAUGCGUUUGGAUUCGACAUGUCCCGCGAUCUCGCCACCGUGUUGCUCAAUCUCGGGGACGCAUGGUGUGCAGCCGCCGAUCUCGGGUCCGUGAAUGCGCAAGGCUAUGCUAUCAGAGGGAUGCCAAACCGCGGGAACACAUGCUACAUGAACGCGAUGGUGCAGUGCCUCCUCGCGCUCGACAAGCUGCGGGCAAGGAUGCUAGGGCCGGAUACUCCGCCGGGCCACCUUGGAAUGGCACUGAAGGAGCUUUUCGUGGAGGCGAGCGCUGCUGGUUCUGCGGGAGGCAUGCUGAACCCAGAUAAACUCUUGAGAAGUGUACGAUUACAUGCUGGCAAGUACGAACCUUACACGAUGCACGACAGCUAUGAACUGCUCGAGUCCUUGCGCAGCGCAUUGCAUGACGAGGAAGAGGGAAUUCAAGCUCCUUACAGGGAAAGAGGUGCCCCGACAGUCAUUGAUGCGGUCUUCAAGGGCGAACUGUGUGAUACAAGGUCCUGCAAAGAUUGUCAGUCUGCUUCGGCUUUCCAUGGAGAAUUCUGGGAGCUUUCAUUAUCGCUGCCAUCAAAAGAGGAUCUAUGUGAAAAUUUUGCAUCAUCAUCACAACGAGCAAGCAAGAAUCUCAACCCUCAACCGGAGAAGGCUGCUCCUCAGUUACUUUCAGCAAAUGAGAGUAACUUGUGGAAGAUCGAUGCCAGUAAAACUGAUUCUGGUGAAGAGCAGCGCACCUUGCAAAUCAAGAAUCUUAUACAUGUUUUGUGCACAGAGGAGCCACUAAAUUCAGUUGAUUUUGUUCCUCAUAGCAUCUAUGAUGCUAAAGUUGAGCAGAUGAUUCAGAUAACAGCAGAUUCCCUGCCUCCACUGAUUGUUCCACAAGUUGAACACGAUGCAUCAACGGCGCCGGGCAGCUAUGUAGAUCAAAAUGGCAAGGGGAUAGGGGAGGAUAGCAAUUGUGUACUAACAAUCGAGGAUUGUCUUUCACUCUUUUUUAGAGAGGAGGUGGUAGAACGGAGCUGUGAUUGUUCCAAGGUACCUAUGGAGGAGCCAAGCACUAACCAAAGCAGAAAGGGUAAGCAGAUGGAGGUAGGCACCAAUGAUGAGGUAGCAGCUAAUGGGAGCCAUAGUAAACAGUCAGACCGGACAACAUGCUCAAAUGGCCAAUCUAGUAAACUGAAUAGUUUGUCAGUAGAAUACAACAGUUGUUACUGUAGGCAACAACAUGGUUCUGACGAAGAGAGUGACAUUACACAGAUGGCAGAUACACAUACUGCUGGAGCAAAUUCAAGGAUGACUUGUGGUCUUAAGGAAACCGAGUAUCAUGGUGGUAUUCAAGAAACUGUACGUAGUAGUUCCCUUUCGACUGAGAAACAAACCGAUCUGUUGAGCACCCAGCAUAGCCAAAGCCUCAUCCCACAGAAUCAAGACCUGAGGUUGGAUCUCAGUGCACACCAGUUAGGAGACAAGCAAAAUGGACAGAAAGAGAGGAGUGGACGUGCUAUUCAAAGGACUAAUAUUACUAAGCUGCCGCCUGUGUUGACCCUUCAUCUCAAGAGGUACUUCAAGAACGGCAACGAGUACCAUAAAAAUGAAGCCCGCGUGAGCUACAAGGAGCAUCUUGAUGUAGGACGGUUCAUGAACUCUAGUUCCGCGGACAAAAGCAGCACCGUCUACCGUCUAGCCGGCGUCGUGGAGCACCGCGGUGGACCCUUCAUGAACGCAGGACACUACGUCGCCUACGUGAGAGCAAGGAAGAUCGGGAAGCAGAGCAGCCGGCCUUCGUCAUGGUUCUGCGCGGACGACAGCAACGUCAGAGAAGUCGCUCUGGAAGAGGUUCUCGAGCGCAAGGCUUACGUUCUUUUCUACGAGAGGGUGGAGGACGCAAACACGCUGAUUGGUUAAGAGACGUUGCAGCUCGUCGGAAUAGCAGCAACAAGAGACGCUGAUUGGUUAAGAGUAGCUAGCAUUCUUUGCAAUGGCAUUGGUUAGACUGUUAGGGUAGUUGACCAUAUUCAGGAUUAUAUAUAUAGCUUCAUUCGAUCCUACAGAUUGAUGUUUUUGGCUCGCCUAGUCAGGGUGAUUGGUUAUUUAAUUGAUUGGCAAAUUUUGGCCAUGAAUGAAAUGGGGACGCUUGGCUUGGUCGGACUGGUGAAUGUGAAUUUGUAAGGUUGUGCUGAUGGUAGUGUUAAUUAGAUGCUAACCAUUUAGAUGCGUUGUGGACAAGUAUUGAGAGGACAAGGACAUGCUCCAUAUUUCCUUGAAUAAUAAAUAGGUUUGAAGCACCAAAAAUUGUGUACAAGUAAAUCAAUGUAUAGAAAGAAUGCUAAAUGUCACAGAAGCUUGUUGUUGGCGUCACCGAAACAAAAGUUGGACGGGCAAGAGUAAAAUACAUUAGCGCUCUCUAAAUUUAGCACAUUGUGUCACUUAGUUCUUAAACUUAGAAAACUAGAAAAUCGGGUCUUUAAACCUAAUCGAUUUAAUCGAUACGUUUAAAAUCAUCAAAAAUUAGAUUUGCUCAAACUGAUACCGGUAUAACAUGCCACACUGGAGGACAUUAAUGAAAGUUCAAGAACCUAAGUAACAUAGCAUACAAAGCUUGAGGACCUAAGUGAUAUGACAUGUCUAAGUUCCAAGACUACGUGUACCUGAUGGCGUCAUGCGAUUUAAAUAAAUCCAGUUUUUUGACGAUUUUAUACGGGUCGGUAAAGUUUAAUUUUUCUCUAGUGGCCUAUAUGUGAAAUUUAAGAACCGCUGAGCAAAUAUCGGUUUCAGCUUGUCUCACCGGAGAAGUUCAUCCGCUUGAGUACUGAAGCCGGCACUUGCUGUCGAACACAUUUCUCCUUCAACAGCACCCGGCCGACGGGCGGCUCCGCAGUCCGGUGCGGUGCCCCUAGAGCACUGCACACUACACAACCAUGCACGGCACGGCACGGCACGCCCCGCCCGACAAACGGCAUCCGAUUUUACCGUGGCAGAUCCGAUCGAGCGAAGCGAGCCCGAGCCGGCGCGGAAGAAAAGCGCUGCUGACACGCAGAAACAAUCAAACAAACAAACGCCCCGCGGAAACCAAACCACGCCCAUUUCCGCCCCCAAAUCAGCGAUCCGCCCUCCGCACGCGAGAUCCAGAGAGACGAGCCGAAACGGAACCCCCACGCAUAGCAAGGACCAAGGAGGCAACGAUCUUCUUCGGCUGCUGCCCGCCCGUGCAGUGCUCUACUUGCUUGGGGGCGUGCGUCAGCGAGGCGGCGACCGACUUGCUUGGCGUCGGGGGUGAUGGAGGGGCGGUUGCUGCGGCCUGCGGCGCAGCGCGACGCUGGCGGACCAGCUCGCCGCGGUCGCGGAAGGUCGGGCUCCGCACUGCGCUGCGCCACGUUCUGGAAGUGGGUUUCGUGAAUCUGCCCGGUGCUUUCAGUUCAGCUCUACAUUACAGAUGGUGGUUGAAGGCAAGAGGGGAACGGAUCAAAUAUCAUCGUCCAGAUUGUAGCUGUACAGUACAUCAUGGUUUAGCAAUAAGCAGCGACAGCGGCCGUUCGCUUCACUUGGAGAGCAGGCCGAAGUAGGGGUUCUCCAAGGCCGACGCGAUCUCGACGCCGGCGGCGGUGAGCAGAGCCACGUCGACCUUGUCCCUCGGCAUCACCAGGUACCCGAUGCCGCUGAACCUGCGGAACCCGCACAGCUCCAGGAACUCCACGCCGCCUCGCACGCUGCCCACCCUGUCCUGCUUGCAUAGAUGUGGGGUGAGAUGGUGUAGCGCGAGUUGCGCUGCAUGCCGGUCUCUGCUGCUUUACCUUGAACACAGGGUUGCUGAGCCGGAUCCUCCUGAACUUCUCCUCCCCUGGGUUCUUCGCUACGUUGCCAACAAUCUUGAGCAACACCUGGUACGCUCUUGCCACUGCAGCAGGGUCAUCCUACAGCAGCAGCAGAAGAAGAAGAAAAUGAAUUACUAAGAUCAAAACGAACCAGAAACAGCAUCUGCGAGGGGGUUCUUCAGUUUUAUUACCCUGUGGUUCUUCUUCACGGUUCGCAGGCAGUCUCUCAGCUGCUCUGACGCAACGACGGCGCGUCCAGCAGGCUUUACCUGCGCGGUCAAGAAACGCGUGCGUGUGAGCGAUGCGCCUGGAGGUUUCGCUCGUCAUUAUCAGAAGAUGCUGUAGAAACCAGGAAGAAAUGCAUUUCGACGACCUUUGCAGGCGUCAUGGUUGCGGCGGGAUCCCUAGGAUCAUCCUGCGGCAGACCAAGCCGUCUCCUCCUCUCUGCCUGCACAGGAGGAUGUAGCAUUUCAUCUGACUCUCAACAGAACAUAGAGUGACAUUUUGCGUGUGUGUGGGGGAAAUCCAAGGUAAUAACAAAAAAAAAAUGACAAAAAUGAAGGAUUUGUUACUGGAUGACUUAUGAUCAUGCUGGGAAGAAGAAGAAAAUUCAGUUGCAGUAAGGAGUACAUGGUUAUUUUUGUAUAAUUAAGCAGAGUUUUUAGCAUGCUGCAGCAGACAGCACAGACCUUAUCGUCAGCUAUACGCUGGCGUAUCCUCUCCCUCGCUCUUUUCUCCUCCUCUUGAUCUGCUACCCGACUCUCCAUCACCCUGCAGCCAAAACAGAGCCAUCGCUUCUCUUCAAGAAGCAAUCUUGGGAGCUGCAAGUGAGACGCGCGUUCGAAAGAAACACACCGCUUCCUUUGAUUUUCCUCGAGACUUCUCUUUGCUUCCAUAAGGUCUUUAGCAGCUCGAAUCCUCUCCCUCUGUACAAACAAGAAGGAGCAUUCGGGAAGAUCACCACAGGAUACACUUAAGAUGUUGGCGCGAGAAAGCACAUUUUCAAAAAGAGAAUGCAAUACCUGAUCCUCUUGUAAUUGACUCCGUAUCCGCCCUCUUGCCCUCCCUUCCUCGUCUCGUUUUUGCUUAUAUAGUGCUAAUAUCCUGGGAAGUACAGUACAGGUGCGUUACUGGGGGUGAAUCCGUGAUAAGCAACCUAAUCCAAGGCAAGGGUAAGCUACCUGAUGGGAGGAUAAUAGCUAUGAAGCAACUUUCCCAAACAUCACAUCAGGGGAAAAAAAGCAAGUUUGCAGAAGUGGCCACAAUUUUUGCUGCGCAAUGCCCACCCACAACAAAUAUGAUUGCGUACCGUGUUAACGCACGGUACAGUCAUUCUUACAACACACAACAACUUUGUCAGCGAAGCGGAGGAAGCAGUCAUCGGUGCGGCAAAUGACAAAGAAGGUUUGGCUGCAACAGCAGGAGAUGGGCCGUGUCGGGCCAAAAGGCUGAGGAAGCGCAACCCAAAGGUCUUUGGGCCGGCGUGGGUAAACAGCACAGAGUAAUCCAGCCGAUUAUUAAAUAAGGGUUCGACGGCGCGUAGGGUUUUUUAUGCUGUAACAGAACUCUAGACUCUAGUUCUUCUUCCUUUCCAAGUACUAUCUCAACUACUCUGUUCUCCGUCUCUGCAUUCUCCAGAUAUUGUGUGUGUGUUCCAACUUAUGCAAGUCGUUAACAAGUGGUAUCAAAGGUUACCGAUCCUUGGCUUGUGGGUGUUGACGCGCUGGAUCGCGGCGACCAGCAGCAUUACUUUACCCGUGCUCGCCUCCGACGUGUUCUCAUGAAUCCAGACACUCAACUCAUCCUGGAUGAGUUGUCGCGGCGUUUCUCUGAACAUGACUCCAAGUGGGAUCGCAGAGUGGCCGAGCAGGAGUCGCGUUGGAACGCGACCUUCUCGGAGUUCACCACUGGACAAGACCGCUGCGUGGGGGCUCUAGAACAAGCCACUGGUGUGCUGGAAGAUUGGCGGAUGAACAUGGAAGGGAUGAUGGAUGACCUGCGACUCGAGGUGGGCAAGAUCUCCAAAAAUUGGGAGCGUGCUGUAGUGGACAAUUCGUCCGCUAUGGCGGGCAUCCUCGCUCCUUCUCCACCGGCUGUCGAGCAACAACCUGCCGGAGUUCCAGCCAACAGGCCCCAUGGGCACCGCGUCGAAUCGAGCCACCGGGAGGAUGGUUUUGGGUCGGUCACCACCCUCCUCCAUACCCCGGUCAAGGGUAUGUGUUCAUCAUUGCCUCGUUCUCCAGCUGUGCAUACUUCGGAAUUCCAUCAGCAUGUGGGCGAUCUGUCAUAUCCAACCAUGGGGGGCGCGAUGCGUGGUCGUUUGCCUAAGUUGAAUUUUCCUGUGUUUGAUGGCGAAAACCCCAAAUUAUGGAUCCGUCGCAGCCAUGACUACUUUGACAUGUAUGAAGUAGAACCGCACCUAUGGAUCAGGGUAGCGUCGAUGCAUUUUGUUGGGGGGGCUGCUCGGUGGUUUUCAUCUCUGGACGAACAUUCACACUUAUCUAGUUGGCCUGUUUUUUGCCGCGUGCUUUUAGAGCGUUUUGGAAAAGAUGAGCAUGAGUUGUUUAUUAGACAAUUGUUUCGCAUUCGUCAACAUGGCACAGUAACUGAAUAUGUAGAUCAGUUUUCUUCAUUAGUAGACAAGUUGGUGUCGUACGGGCGACCUGUGGAUCCUCUCUAUUUUGUGCAACGUUUUGUGGAUGGUCUUCGUUCAGACAUUCGUGCUGCUAUUAUUCUUCAACGGCCUUCUUCCUUGGAUUCUGCUUGCGCUCUCGCCUUGCUGCAGGAAGAGGUGGCCACGUCAGACCGACGUUUGGAGCAUCGACGUCCAGAAUGGGCGUCGUCAGGAAAGGGGUAUGGCAAAUCUUCAGUGCCUCCUUUCUUGACAGCACGACCCGACAAGACUGGAGCUGUGAUCGAAGAAACAAAGCCGGCUGAACAACAUCGUGCUCGUGUCUUGGAUGACAAACUUGCUGCCUUGCGCGCUUAUCGUCGAGCUAAAGGGUUGUGCCAGCGUUGUGCGGAGAAGUGGUCGCGUGAUCAUAAGUGUCCUCCCACAGUCCAGUUACAUGCUCUACAGGAACUCUGGGAAUUAUAUGAAGGGGAUGAAGACACCAUUCCUGAGGAUGUUGUGGUCGAGGAUCAGAUCAUAGAGACUGAAUGUUUGGCCAUCUCCAUUGCUGCUGUUAAAGGAUUGGAGUUGAACCAUACUCUGAAGUUGCGGGGACUGAUUCAAGGCAUUGAAGUGGUGAUGCUGAUCGAUUCAGGUAGUUCUCAUUCAUUCAUUGCAUCCCGGGUGGCAUCGAGGUUAUCAGGUGUAACUGAUAUGGCCAAGUCAGUGCUGGUUCAGGUAGCGGAUGGCAAUCGUUUGAAGUGUUCUUGCCAGCUAGUUGGCGCUAGAUGGUCCGUUCAACACUGCGUGUUUGACACUGACUUGAGAGUUUUGGAUCUGGCUUCAUAUGAUAUGAUCAUUGGUAUGGAUUGGUUGGCAGCUAAUAGUCCGAUGAAGGUGCAUUGGUCCCAAAAGUGGAUGAUCAUUCCAUAUCAACGUUCCUGGGUGCUAUUACAUGGAUUGUCUGCUGUUUUUCCACCUGGGUCGAUAGUGGAAUUAGAUAUGAUAGAAUCUGAACCACCUCUGUUUGCACACUUGGAUUUAACACCUGUGCUGAUGGCAUUGUUGGAGGAAUUUAAAGCUGUGUUUGCACCACCAAAUGGUCUUCCUCCAACUCGUGAGUGUGAUCAUACCAUUCCAUUAGUGCCAGGGGCUGUUCCUGUCCAUGUCAGACCAUAUCGAUAUCCACCAGCUAUCAAAGAUGAAAUAGAGCGCCAAGUUUCGGUCAUGCUUCAGUCAGGAAUUAUACAACCCAGCACUAGUCCAUUUUCUUCUUCAGUAUUAUUGGUCAAGAAGAAGGAUAAUUCAUGGCGCUUCUGUGUGGAUUUUCGGCACUUAAAUGCUAUUACUGUCAAGACAUCUUUUCCGGUACCUGUCAUCGAGGAGUUGUUGGAUGAAUUGGGGCAAGCUUCCUGGUUUACUAGUCUGGACUUGACAGCGGGAUAUCACCAGAUUCGGCUGUUACCGGCAGAUUGUCAUAAGACAGCAUUCCAAACACACUCGGGUCACUAUGAAUUUAGAGUUAUGGCUUUUGGUUUGACCGGGGCACCAGCCACUUUUCAACGCGCCAUGAAUGCAACAUUAGCACCAUUACUUCGUCGUUGUGUGCUAGUUUUCUUUGAUGAUAUUUUAAUCUACAGUUCGAGCUUUGAAGACCAUAUUCAGCAUGUUCGAGCAGUCUUCGAACUACUCAUACAGUAUCAAUGGCAAAUUAAGUUGAAUAAAUGUUCAUUUGCCAGGCCUCAGUUAUCCUAUCUCGGUCAUGUCAUUUCAGCGGCCGGAGUAGCUACAGACCCAAGCAAGAUUCAGGCUGUUUCUCAGUGGUCUUCUCCCAGGACUGUGAAGGAAUUACGCAGUUUUUUGGGUUUGGCAGGGUACUACCGUCGCUUUGUUCGUCAUUUUGGUCUUUUGGCUCGACCUCUGACGGGUCUACUAAAAAAGGGUGCUAUAUUUGUAUGGACUCCCGCACACGAAGCUUCCUUUGCAGCCUUGAAACAAGCUUUAGUGUCUGCUCCUGUUUUGGCAUUACCAAACUUUUCAUUGCCCUUCUGUUUAGAAACAGAUGCCAGCAAUCAUGGGGUCGGAGCGGUGUUGUUGCAGUCCGGUCACCCAAUUGCGUAUCUUAGCAAGGCGUUGGGACCCAGAUCACAAGGGUUGUCGACUUAUGAAAAGGAAUUUUUGGCCAUUUUGAUUGCUGUCGACCAUUGGCGCCAUUACUUGCAACUUAAGGAAUUCAUCAUAUAUACGGAUCAUCGCAGUCUUGCUCAGUUGGAUGAACAGCGGUUGCACACACCAUGGCAAAAGAAAAUGUUUACUCGGUUGUUGGGACUGCAAUAUCGCAUCGUGUAUAAGAAAGGAGUAGAGAACGGGGUUGCUGAUGCUUUAUCGCGACAUCCUAUAGUGUCAGCGAGUUGCCUGGCGGUGUCGUCCUGUCAGCCACAGUGGGUCACCGAAGUUGCUGAUACAUAUUUGGCAGAUACCCAUUCUUCGGAUAUCAUUGCUAAGCUCGCUGUGGAUUCGUCCGCCGUUCCACAUUUUUCCUGGCAAGAUGGGUUGCUCCGUUAUAAGAAGCGCAUUUGGGUAGGACCUUCAGCUCAUCUGCAUCAGAAGUUGAUAGCUGCUUUUCAUACAUCUGCAGUGGGCGGUCACUCGGGAUUUCCGGUAACAUAUGCCCGGUUGAAGCAACUGUUUGCUUGGCAAGGUCUGAAAACUGAAGUGCACACAUAUGUCACUCACUGUUUGAUAUGUCAGCAAGCCAAAGCUGAUCGUGCUAGGCUACCUGGUCUGCUCCAACCCCUUCCGGUUCCUUCUUCUUUAUGGCAGAUCAUUUCUAUGGAUUUCAUUGAGGCUUUGCCUAGUUCACAUUCGUAUACAUGCAUCCUGGUGGUUGUCGAUCUGUUUUCAAAAUAUGCCAAUUUUUUACCACUGAAACACCCAUUUACAGCUCUGACGGUUGCUCGCCUUUUCCACGAUCAAGUGUAUAAACAUCAUGGAUUGCCUCAUUCUAUAGUUUCCGAUCGUGACAAGGUGUUUCUCAGUAACCUGUGGAAGGAAUUAUUUCGGCUUGCUGAUGUCCAGCUACGUAUGAGCUCAGCUUAUCAUCCGCAAUCCGAUGGACAAACAGAGCGUGUAAAUCAAUGUUUGGAGACGUUCCUUCGUUGUUUUGUCCAUGCCUGCCCUCAUCAAUGGAGUAAGUGACUAUCAGUUGCACAAUUCUGGUAUAACUCGUCUCCCCAUUCAGCUACGGGAAGGUCGCCAUUUGAAGUGCUCUAUGGGUGUCGCCCUCGACAGUUUGGUAUUUCGGAUUCUGCUGUCAUUGCUUCCACUGAUUUAUCUAUAUGGCUGCAGGACCGGCAGGUCAUGUCUGAUUUAGUAAAACAGCACUUGGAAAGGGCUAAAUUGCGCAUGAAACGACAGGCUGACAAAGGCCGUUCUGAACGGGAAUUUGCUAGUGGUGAUUGGGUGUUUCUUAAGCUCCAACCAUAUGUUCAGUCGUCUGUUGCUGUUCGUGCUCAUCAGAAAUUGGCAUUUAAGUUUUUUGGGCCAUUUCAGGUGCUGCGACGUGUGGGAGCCGUGGCGUACGAAUUAUAGUUACCAUCUUCGUCACGGAUUCAUCCUGUAUUUCAUGUAUCCCAGCUCAAGCGUGCCUUGGGUACAGGUUUGGUGUCUUCUCCAGUGCUGCCUAAUGAGCAAUUUCAGUUCAGUGUGCCUGUCAAGAUCUUGCAGCGUCGGACGGUGGCUCGUGGGGGGCAGUCCAGUGAACAAAUUCUUGUCCAGUGGUCACACAUGCCCGUGGAGUUGGCUACUUGGGAGUUUGCGCAGGACUUGCAACAGCAGUUUCCGCAUGCAGCUGUUUGGGGACAACCAGCGGAUUUAGCAGGGGGAAUGUCAGCGAAGCGGAGGAAGCAGUCAUCGGUGCGGCAAAUGACAAAGAAGGUUUGGCUGCAACAGCAGGAGAUGGGCCGUGUCGGGCCAAAAGGCUGAGGAAGCGCAACCCAAAGGUCUUUGGGCCGGCGUGGGUAAACAGCACAGAGUAAUCCAGCCGAUUAUUAAAUAAGGGUUUGGCGGCGCGUAGGGUUUUUUAUGCUGUAACAGAACUCUAGACUCUAGUUCUUCUUCCUUUCCAAGUACUAUCUCAACUACUCUGUUCUCCGUCUCUGCAUUCUCCAGAUAUUGUGUGUGUUCCAACUUAUGCAAGUCGUUAACAAACUUUCAGUCCAA